AUUCUUCUUCUUCACUCAACUUUAUGCACUGGAAAGUGCAGUGAAAAUUUUUCGAUCCUUUGUUUAUACUCAGUUGCAGAGAAAUAAUGAAGCAUUGAUUUUUGGCACGAACGAAACAAUUAUAAAUUACACAGUAUUACAGUUAGAUUAUCCCGUAUGCACUCUAUAAAUGUCUGUAUUGGUUUCGCUGUGCGUGUUGAAAAUUGAAAUUGUGGACGAAGAGUACGCAAUGAGUGCCAUCGAUGACGGAAGUGAUGUGGCCGGGGCAGUUUCGAACGAACAUCCGACCAAUCCACGAGUGCAACGUGAUAUGCGGGGUCAGCGAAAGCCGAAAAACAUUACCAUCGAAAGCUACCGCAAUCGACUGGACUCGGAAGUCGGUAGCGAUGAGUUUCGUGGUUUAUUACCGAAAAGUUCACGCGAACAGACCCCUAUGGACGAGACACCACCCGCUCCGGUUCAGGAAUUUCCCGGAGAAAUCAAUUUUUUCUCGGGCAAUCCGUUCGUCGAGGUGACGAAAGGAAUUUUGCACUUGUAUAAGCGAAAUGAACGAGCUGAUGCUACCGAAGGCCCUUCCCGUACGCUCUGUUUAAUCGCUGUUCCGUCAUCUCUGAACUGUCACGAUAUUCUGAACUUUAUCGCUCCAUGCCAUUCCGUUAUUCAGCACGUUCGAAUACUUAGGGAUGGUAAUCCGAAUCAAUUUAUGGUACUGCUGGAAUUUCGUUGUGUGGAAGCGGCUGUAGAGUUCUAUCAGACCUUCAACGGUGCUCCGUACAAUAGUCUAGAACCGGAUUCGCUCUGUCAUGCGGUGUGGGUUUCCGGUGUACAGUGGGGUGACGAUGGGAUUGCGCCUACCGGUCACACUGAGCUACCGACGUGUCCUGUUUGCUUGGAACGGAUGGACGAAAGUGUUGACGGUGUGCUGACGAUUCUGUGCAAUCAUGCUUUCCACGCGGGUUGCCUAAUAAAGUGGGGUGAUUCGACAUGUCCGGUAUGCCGUUGCAUCCAAACACCGGAAUUGUCCGAGACAUCGGUAUGCAUGGAAUGUGAGGGAACGGAGGCACUGUGGAUUUGUUUGAUCUGUGGUCAUAUCGGUUGUGGUCGGUAUCAGGGUGGACAUGCCGCUUCCCACUAUCGAUCGACCAACCAUACCUAUGCGCUACAGUUGGGAACCAACCGUGUCUGGGAUUAUGCUGGCGAUAAUUUCGUUCACCGGUUACUACAGAGUAAGUCGGAUGGAAAGUUGGUAGCAACUCAAUCGCCGGGAAACGAUGGUGAAGAAAAAAUCGAUUCAAUGCAAUUGGAAUUUUCGUAUCUGCUCACAUCACAACUGGAUGCUCAACGAGACUACUAUGAGGAUAAACUGUUACGUUUGGAGUCCAGCAUAGCAGGAGAGAAACAAAGACUGCUGCAAGAGACUGAACAAAUAAGGAAGAAAAACAGUGUUCUCGAAAGCAGAAUACAGAGUCUUACCAAGGAGAAAAGCACCCUGGAAAAGAAGGUUAAUCAGAUGUCCACCAAAAUGACAAGCGUUUUGAAAGAGCUUACCGAGGAGCAACAAUUCGGGAAAACACUCCAGGCAAAUCAGGCUUCGUGGCAAACUAAAUUUUCCGCGUUGGAGAAGAAAUGUGCAGAAAAGGACCAGGAAGUCACCGAACUCAAGGAGCAAGUACGUGAUCUGAUGUUUUACCUAGAAGCACAGAAUAAAAUUGCUAAUUCGGAACUGAAGGAUGAAAUUGCCGGUGCUUCUGUUGAAGUUCCUGCGGCCUCUAAAGGAGCUAAAAGGCGCACCAAGAAGAAAUAGAUGACUUGAUUUUAAAUUUCGCUUUCUGUGUUACGAUAUUUAAUGUUGCCGAUUUUUACUAGAAGAGUUGUGAUUGUGAUACAUCCUAUCGAAAGUGGCAGAAUAAAUUUUGCACUUCA